AUGUCACAGCUCCAGGACCACGAUGAACAAGAAGCUCUUAAACAGGAUGAAUUUUUUAAACAAACAUUAAUUAGUGUGAAACCUUUUAUAUUAAAUCUAACAUGUGCGGAAGAUGCUCAAUUAUGUAAAAUUUGGCUCGAUAAACUAAAUCUUUCUUCUUUUCAACGUAGUCUUAGAAAUGAGUAUCUUCUUGAAUUAUGUCAGCAAUUGAAAAGAGGUCAUGUAGGAGGAAUAUUUAGUAAACCUCCUCCUUUAGGACCUCUCUUACCAUUACAUAAACCAUAUCGCAUGGUUUAUAUUAGUUCAUCUUUGAGUGAUCUGUCAGAAUUUAGUACGACUUCAUAUCACAAGCAGGAACGAACUAAUGAACAUAAAACACAUUCGCUAAAUGCUGUAUUCAGAAUACAAGAUACAAAUUCUACAAAUACAAGUCAAUGUUCACAUAUGUUUGAACAAUCAUCAGAUCAAUUUAAUGACAAUAACAUAGGAGAUAGAAAUCAGUUCAUAACGCAUAGCCAUGAUACAGAUUCACCGAUUUAUAAAAAUAAAGUAGCCGAACAGUUUUCUAAAUUGAAAUUUCAGUUGCACGAAGCUGAAUGUAAAAAUGAAAGUUUAAAUAACAAUUUACUUACAAUGUCACAAAAAUUGGAUAAAAUUAUUCACGAUGAGGAAGAAGAGAUUAAUGCAAUAAAGAAGCAAUGUAUAGAUAAAUUAGAAUCCAUGCGCCAGCAAUAUGAAGUCUUUUUAAAAGAAAAAGAUUUAGAAAUAAAUACACAGAUAGAUUUAAUUCGUCAGAAGGAUUUGGAAUUAUUGAAGAAAGAUGAAGAAGGAAAUAAGAGAAUCGAAUUAUUGACAAAUAAAAUAAAAGAGAUGGAAAUUAAGCUUGAAACAGAAACAAAAGAUGAAAAUAAAUUACGAGCCAUGUUAACAGAUCAAAAUGCAAUAAUGAGACAAGAGUUUGAUAAAAUGAGAAGUAAAAUGGAACUAGUAUCACAAAAUCAAAAUGAGAAUUUAAUUUCUAAAACAAUAAUGUUGAAAAAGAUUAUAUUAAAGCUUAAAAAAUCUAAAGACAAGCUUGUAUACGAUUAUGAAACAAAAAUUAAUCAUAUCCUUAAGAGCAAAGAUAUGGAAAUCAAGUCGUUGUGCAUACAAUUUCAAGGACAGAAGACUGAUUUAUACAUCUCCUUGUAUUCAGAAAAGCAACGUGAAUUAAAUGCUUUGGUCAAUUCAUUAGAAGAAAAAUAUAAAUUACUUUUUGCAGCAGCUGACGAGACAGCUGAAAAUCAGCGUCAGAAUUAUCUUAAGAAAAUAAAUAUAUUAGAGAAUGAACUGUGUCAAUUGAAAAAAAGACAUUCG